GGCCGUUUGUGUUGCGUGCUAGCUGCUGUGUGUGGUGCUGUGGGUGGAGAUGUGAGUCUGGCCGUCGCUCUUGCAUGCUAUCUGAGGCGUAGGGCGCUGCUAUGGCUGAUCUCUCACAGUACGGCCGCUUCGGUGGUCCCGACCGCUCGCUGUGUGGGGGCCCCGCGGCCGGAUCGCUGUGGCGGGAACUGGGCCCGGCCUCGCAGAAAUAUGUAGUGAAGGAUGAGUUCCACCCGUUCAUCGAGGCGCUGCUGCCCCACGUGCGGGCCUUCUCCUACACCUGGUUCAACCUGCAGGCCCGCAAGCGCAAGUACUUCAAGAAACACGAGAAGAGGAUGACCAAGGACGAAGAGCGCGCGGUGAAGGACGAGCUGUUGGGCGAGAAGCCCGAGAUCAAGCAGAAGUGGGCGUCGCGUCUCCUCGCCAAGCUGCGAAAGGACAUCCGGCCCGAGUUCCGCGAGGACUUCGUGCUCACCAUCACGGGCAAGAAGGCGCCGUGCUGCGUGCUGUCCAACCCCGACCAGAAGGGCAAGAUCCGCCGCAUCGACUGCCUGCGGCAGGCGGACAAGGUGUGGCGACUGGACCUGGUGAUGGUGAUCCUGUUCAAGGGCAGCCCCCUGGAGAGCACGGACGGUGAGCGGCUGGUCAAGUCGCCCCAGUGCUCCAACCACGGCCUGUGCGUCCAGCCGCACCACAUCGGGGUGUCGGUGAAGGAGCUGGACCUCUACCUGGCCUACUUCGUCCACACGCCAGGUAAGACCAAUUAUUAACUUACAUAUCCAAAAGUCACUUCAGUACCCCCCUUACCCUACUCCUCCUACAUCCCCUGGGGUGGUCAGUUUCUGGAGGUACUGGAUGUAUAUCGGGUAUCUAUACAUGAGGGGUACAUGCAUACAUGAUUCCUCUUCCAAAUUUGUAGUUUAUAUACGGAUGCGUUUAAGGAAAUCUUAAAUAAUAUCAUGUUUUAGAUUAAUGAAGGCCUUUGGAGGUAGAGUUUUAUGGACGUCAGUGAAUGACCUCAAAACAGGGAGUCACAUGAUUAGUUCUUCAACAUAAACAUCGGAGCAAGUUUGGAACAAGGCCGCCCCUCCUCAUUUAGGGAGGGAAGGAAGGAGGCAUCACUCCUCCACUCUAUCCUUUCUGUUCCUCCACCUCCACCUUUCAACACGUUCAUCCCAACCACCAUCUGUACCACCUCCACCACCACCACCACCACCACCUUU